CUUAUCCACAGAUGACACGCGACGCGAUGGCUCGCCACUGAAUUCCAUCCCUUUUUCACUUAACCGCCGAGUCGUUAAUUUAUUUGCUGAAAAAGCGUACGGUAAAACGGUUAGGAUCAAUGGUGAGAGCUCGGUUGUUAGUGUUUCCGAUCAGAGGCAGGAAUUGGUGCUUCAGCCGCUCAGUUGACCAGUCCGCAUGCAAAGCGCAAGAGGCCAACACGCCGUCGACUCUCAAUGACCUCUGGAACAGGAUCUCCAAGCCCACGGACAAGCCUUCCGGGUCUAAGCUUGAACUUCUAAUCGAUUUCGCCACGAAUAAGAUGAGCAACCAGUGGAGCAAUUUGGAAAAGGCACCUGCUGGAAGUUUUAAGAGCAAAAUUCACGGGUUAGGGUUGCGGCUUUUGUCUACUGUUAAACCUUCUGAGAUCUUCUUAAAGUCCAUUUCGAAGGAGGUCGAUAAAGUGGAAAUAACCUAUCCAUCUAGUUUAAAUGGCCGACUAGUUCGUCGAAGGCUAAGACAUAUUGCCUUCAGGGGAGCGGUUAUUCACAAGAAGUACUUGUAUGGAUCAACUGUUUUGCUUCCAUUGACAUCAGUCUUCAUGGUGCUACCCUUGCCUAACAUUCCUUUCUUUUGGAUCUUGUACCGCACAUACUCUCACUGGAGAGCUUUGAAGGGAAGUGAAAAUCUUCUCCAUUUAGUUACAGAUUAUCCUGGCAAACAACAUUCCAAUGAAAACACAGCGCUUGAGACAAGAAGUAAGAAAGCUGAUUCAAAUGAAAACUGCAAUGCCCUAAGCUCUUCAUGGGUUUUGAUGCCGUCGGAGGAACUCCAGAAACUUCUUAACCUAAGUAAUACAACAGACGGUCUAAGUGAAAGCACACUAUCUGCAAUAUGCCAAAGAUAUGAUUUGAACUUGAUGGAUGUUGUCAAGUACCGGACUUCACUUUAGGUUGGAUGUGUUUCUAACGAUAGCCGCUCUAGAUUUCAUAUUGGUUUUCCGAGUACACUUUGUUGUCUCUUUAGAUGUUUUUGGCUGAGAGCUCAAAGAAGAACAAUGCAUUCUUUCAAAUAAAGCUUUUUGCAGUUAGCAUCAGGUCAUUGGCUCCAGCCUCCAGCAAGUUUAUCUGUUUCUGUUUGACAGAUUCAAUCGUUGCUUUUCGUGAAUGGCCUAACUCCUACUGAUUGAUAAACCAUCUGCUAUGAUCUUUGCUCCAGCAGGUCUAAACUUCCGGAUGAUGGACUGUCUGCUGGCCUAGGGACGAGUCCCCAUCACCCUACAAUGUAUGCUUUUAAAAAUAAUGACAAAUCUAUCAGAGCGUGUAAAAAUUGAGUUUCAAGAACAUUCUAUCAGUAUUGCUUUAAGUGUUUUUUACAUUUUAGAAGCCAUUUUUGCUGAAAACAAGGCGCUGAUAUAUACAACGUAUAUUGCUACAAUUCUACAAAAACUUUCGUAAAUAUUGUUCUUUAAAAUGUGAUAGACAAAAGUAAUUCUUACUUUCUUAGUAACUAUUAG